AGGUGCAGGGCCGCGGCCUCGCGCAAGACGCAUCAGAACCGGAGGGGGCGACUCUUCCCCUCCCCCCUCAGGUCGGUCCGCUCAGGCUUUGCCUCCAGUGUCAUGGCGCAAAGCUGAGGGCGGGACCGAGCACCACGUGUGAUCAGCCCUCUCGCGCCAGGCGCGCUCGCCCGGCGUCCUCCCCGUCCCCAUCAUGCAGCGCGCACACGUUCCGCCGCUCAGACUCUGAGUUGCUCGCCGAAGCGGUGGAGGCGGGGCUGGAAGGAAGAUGGCGACGCUGGUGCUGGAUAACGGCGCCUAUAAUGCCAAGAUCGGCUACAGCCACGCGCACGUCAGUGUUAUUCCCAACUGCCAGUUUAGAUCAAAAACAGCACGCCUGAAAACUUUUACAGCCAAUCAACUGGAUGAAAUUAAAGAUCCCUCCGGACUCUUUUACAUUCUCCCUUUUCAGAAGGGUUACUUGGUGAACUGGGAUGUUCAGAGACAAGUUUGGGAUUACCUUUUUGGGAAGGAAAUGUAUCAGAACCAGGUUUUGUUGCAUGAAGGAGACAGUUACAAAAGUGGAAGAAGGGCUGAGAUUUACAUUGUGGACUUUGUAGAUACAAAUAUUAUUGUUACUGAACCUUAUUUUAACUUCAGUUCAAUACAAGACUCUAUGAAUGAAAUUUUAUUUGAAGAAUAUCAGUUUCAAGCAGUUCUUAGAGUAAAUGCUGGGGCUCUCAGUGCACAUAGAUAUUUUCGGGACAAUCCAUCCGAGCUAUGUUGUAUCAUUGUGGACAGUGGCUACUCCUUUACACAUAUUGUACCUUACUGCAGAAGUAAAAAGAAAAAAGAGGCAAUUAUUAGGAUUAAUGUUGGAGGAAAGCUCUUAACCAAUCAUCUAAAGGAGAUAAUCUCUUACAGGCAGCUGCACGUUAUGGAUGAAACUCAUGUAAUUAAUCAAGUGAAAGAAGAUGUAUGUUAUGUGUCUCAGGAUUUUUACAAGGAUAUGGAGAUUGCUAAGUUGAAAGGGGAAGAAAAUACAGUAAUGAUAGACUAUGUUUUGCCAGACUUCAGCACAAUCAAAAAAGGGUUUUGUAAGCCAAGGGAAGAAAUGGUGUUAAGUGGAAAAUACAAGACUGGGGAACAAAUACUUCGUCUAGCAAAUGAGAGAUUUGCUGUUCCAGAAAUUCUCUUCCAUCCUUCAGAUAUUGGCAUUCAAGAAAUGGGAAUUCCUGAAGCCAUUGUUUAUUCAAUUCAGAAUUUGCCUGAAGUGUUGGGAGAGGAGGGAAUAACUCAUGCUGGCAAAUGAGGCCACUGAAUCUUAAAAAUGAAAACUAAUCACCCUUCUGGCUGUGUUGUAUUCUGUGGAAGCAACAAUUGUAACAUGACAAUGCACAUGUUACUAGGUAUGUAGAUACAUUUCUAAUUAAUAUGGCCAAACUUCUGCAGGGGAAAAUGUUCAUGACUAUGUGGUGUCACUUCACAGCUGUAGCAUCAGAGCCACAAAACUACUUUCAUUCUAAAAAUAUGAAAAUUAAAAUCUCUUGUACGUUGAUCCUAUUUCUUUCCCAUAAACUGGGCUGUUUGAGAGCAUUCAUGAAAUCCAACAUUUUUAAAUACAUUUCUAAAAGACAAAUUUUGAAAGCCUCACAAAGCAGAGGAAAACUAAUGAAAGUUUUCAUAUUUAAAAAGAGUGCAGUUCAUCAAAUUCACCUGUCACACCAGAAAACUAGUUUCACACUUGUGAUUAUCACCUAAUUAGUGGAGCCUCUUGGUAUGUGCACAUCCUAUGGCUUACAGUUAUCCAUGCAAUACCCUUUAUCUAAAUAUAACCAGUAUGUAUUUAAUAUAUUUAGAACAUUAUCUAAAGUGUAGUUAAAAACAUUAGUUUUAAUUCUUGUCCACUUUAACUUAAUGUACAUGAAGAAAUUGGAGAAUCUUAAGCUAAAUACAUCUAUUUUGGUUUUGUUUAAAGAAAUGCAGCCUCACUUCUUCAAGAAUAUUGUACUGACUGGGGGAAAUACCCUUUUCCCAGGCUUCAGGGAUCGAGUCUAUUCUGAAGU